AGUGAUUUUCAGGUAAUUUCUUAGUAGUUCAGCGGAUGUCAUGCACCCAUAUUAUACCACAUUUUCUUUUCUUCAAGAAAUAAUAAACAAAGACGUCAGGACUUCGGUUCCGUAACCCUUUACGGCCUCUACCUACUCCGUUCUGACCUUCCCACAUCGUUCCUCGGAUGACUCUCGGUUUGAUACUUUUUUCAUCCCAGCAGUAGCAAACGCAUCUGCAGAAUAACUUCUUUUCGCUCUGGUUUCACUACUCAGAUGAGUAUAGUAGAGCUCUAGCCAGAUCAACUGUCUAUUAAGUGAUUUCUCACUGAUCAUCAUAGUAAAGCUGGUUUGUGCGUCAUAGUUUUGUACAGUGUUUGUUAUCAUAUAUUUUUGACCCACAAAGCAGAAGGUGCAUUCUGCAUGCUUAUGGAUUGGUAGGAUAAAUAUUAACAUUUUUGUGGAAAAGGCUUCAUCUCACCCUUCUCAUAUGGAGGAGUUUCAAAACUGGGAUGAUGUAACUUGCCCCAUAUGCUUGGACUUCCCUCACAACGGUGUUCUCCUCCAAUGUUCGUCUUUUGAGAAAGGAUGCCGGGCUUUUGUGUGCGACACAGAUCAUUUGCACUCAAACUGUUUGGACCGUUUCAAAACUGCAUAUGGGAUGUUAUCUGAGUCACAAUCACCUUCAACAUCUGAGGCUAGUUCUGCUGGAGACAACAACUUAAUGAAUUCAGAAGCUAAUGGCAAGCCCACAUGUCCCUUAUGUAGAGGAGAAGUCACUGGAUGGGUCAUUGUUGAUAAGGCCCGUGGACAUUUGGAUGAGAAGAAACGAUGUUGUGAAGAGUUACAAUGUUCUUUUAUGGGCACCUACUUGGAACUUCAGAAACAUGCUCAACUAGAGCACCCUCAUGCACGUCCUUCAAAAAUUGAUCCUGCACGGCAGCUUGAUUGGGAGAAUUUCCAGCAAUCCUCUGAGAUCAUAGAUGUACUGAGUACUAUCCAUUCAGAAGUCCCACGUGGGGUGGUUUUGGGAGAUUAUGUAAUUGAAUAUGGGGACAAUGACUCUGGAGAUGAUUUUGAGGACUUCCCUGGGGAUGAAGGCAACUGGUGGACAUCAUGCAUCUUGUAUCAGGUGUUCGAUAACUUUAGGACUUCUAGAAACAGAAGAAGGUCAAGAGCCAAUGAUUCUAGAAGAGGGACUCGCCGUUUGAGUUAUGAUACCUCCAAUUCUGAUGAGGGCUCUGUGGCCUCUGUAGAAUCUGCAGAGUAUAGACUAGACGAGAUUGAUGAUGAAUUUGUGAAUAGAAGUGGUCUAUCGAGGGGUAGAGCUGGUCAUCGCAGUUACCGAAGACGCCGUUCUCGCUUCUAUGACAAUUAGGAUGGUUUGGUGCAGCUGUGGAAUGAAGAAAAACUUGCAGAUGUUGAUCCAUUUGAAGUGGAAAUCAUUAAAGCUUUAUGGGGUUCAUGUCAGUAUUCAGAAAAUAUAAAAGCUUCUCCUAGAUAUACAUAUGUGAUUACAUGUUCUUGGUGAAGAUAAUUUUCCAAAAUUAUAUUGACAAUUCGAUCGGAAUGUCGAUUCCGCUUCUGUUAUUAAGACUGGCAUCCAGUUUUGGUUCUUUAGUGAUUUUCCUUGUAGUUCAAAUUAGAUAAGAAGAUUUGUGUUUUUUUUUUUGGAAAAAUUCCUGCUUAGCUCUCUCUCUCUCU